GUUCCUAUAUAAAAGCUAACAGGAUAACACUUGAAGUAUUUGCAUCGGUAUCAGUUACAAACGAAGUGGUCUAAGCUGAAGAUAUGUUGCCUAAAAUAUUAAUUGUUGUUCUUGCAACAGUUAGCGUUAUCAAUGCAACUGUGAUCGUCAAUGUGUUUGAUGAUGAUCCCGACAUUGGAUUACUGUCAGCGAAGAGUAGCUGCAACCCUGCAGAGUGCGACCAACGUUGUCGCAGUCUCAAGUUCCCCGGUGGCGCCUGCAUCAAUGGUCGCUGCAAGUGUGACAAUUUCCGAAAUGCAGAAGUUGAGGUGUCUGAAAAUUCCCGCUUACAGCGUAAAAUGCCUUGUUUUAACUGGCCUUGUAUCGUGGCAUGUUCUUUACACAAAUAUCCGGCUGGACUCUGCAAAAACGGAGAAUGCCAGUGUUUUUACUUACAAAGAAUGGCAGGAAUUCCUGAAAAUAACAACGCCGAACAAGACAACACGCCACAAAUAGAUGAGGUUGAUUCUGAGCUGGAUAAAAAGAAGUGGGAAUGCAAUGCUACAAGGUGUGACAAAUUCUGCCGCAUACUCAAAUUCACUGGUGGCGCCUGUGUCAAUGGUCGAUGCAAAUGCAACAACAGCAGUAUUGCACAAAAUCCCGAACCUGAGCUUGUAAACAAGAAGAGUGACUGCAACCCUGCAGAGUGCGACCAACGUUGUCGUAGACUCAAGUUCCCCGGUGGCGCCUGCGUCAAUGGUCGCUGCAAGUGCGACAAUUUCCGAAAUGCUGAAGAUCAAAUUACCGAUAAUUCCUUACCGACUGUAGAAGAUUUCGUUCCUUUGCAAGAUGAUUUCGAGCCUGAGCUUGCUAACAAGAAGAGUAGCUGCAACCCUACAGAGUGCGACCAACGUUGUCGCAGACUCAAGUUCCCCGGUGGCGCCUGCGUCAAUGGUCGCUGCAAGUGUGACAAUUUCCGUAAUGCUGAAGAACAAAUUACCGACAAUUCCAUACCAACUGUAGUAGAUUUCGUUCCGUUACAAGACGACUUUGAGACUGAAAUUGCUAUCAAGAAGAGUGACUGCAACCCUGCAGAGUGCGACCAACGUUGUCGCAGACUCAAGUUCCCCGGUGGCGCCUGCGUCAAUGGUCGCUGCAAGUGUGACAAUUUCCGUAAUGCUGAAGAUGAUUUCGAGCUUGAUUCUUCACCCAAGUAUAACGAUUGCAGUCCCAUAGGGUGCGACCAACGGUGCCGCAAUAUCGGCUUUCCAGGUGGUGUCUGCGUCAAUGGUCGGUGCAAGUGUGACAUCUUACGUGACACACAAGAUGAAUACGAGCUUGAUCCCGCAACCAAGUAUGACGACUGCAGUCCUAUAGGGUGCGACCAACGGUGUCGCAAUAUCGGCUUUCCAGGCGGUGCCUGCGUCAAUGGUCGCUGCAAGUGCGAUAUCUUAAGUGACACACAAGAUGAAUACGAGCUUGAUCCCGCAACCAAGUAUGACAACUGCAGUCCUAUAGGGUGCGACCAGGAGUGUCGCAGAAUCGGCUUUCAUGGUGGUGUCUGCGUCAAUGGUCGCUGCAAGUGUGACAUCUUACGUGACAUGCAAGAGCCGUCACUACCUGAACCGAGGAUCCCGGGUAUUUUUGAUAAACUUCGCUGUAACUCGGACGUAUGUUACAAGCAUUGCACUAAAAUUGGAUUGGCAGACGGCACCUGUAAGAAGGGAAUUUGCAAAUGCAAGGUUAUGUGAAGCUCGAGUUUGUUUUUUCAAUUUUUAUCUGGUUUAUUAGAAAGUACCUCAUUUGAAGUGUAUUCAUAGUAUUUGUAAACUUAUGAAACCUCCAUUUAUCAUAAAAUAUAAGCAAUUCCAAAGUAGGACCUUUGCAUUUUUGUUAGUAAGUAAAUAUGUAUUGUCAUAAUGUUCACAUUAUUAUCAUAUAAUAGUCUCUAGCUUGAAUAAACAUUCUUUAUUUGAUAACAAAA